AUGCACGAUUCGAGCGAUAAUAUUCAAAAACAUUUACGUGCUCAGUUUGUGCGUUAUUUCUGGCCAGUACAAUUAGUCCUUGCUUUACUUUGUUGCCGAAUUACUUGCCUCAGGCAAAAAAAUAGACGUCAUCGUUGGAUAGCCGAUUGUCAUACAAUUUUUAUCACUUUAUUCUUAAUCAUUAUAUUACUGAUUACAAUCAUACAGUUUUGGUAUGGCAUACGAACAAAAUCUGAGAAUGCACCGGAAGUUGCCGUAUCAAUUUUGCAACUGCAAGGAGUCUUGAACUUAUGCUUUUUGAUCUAUUGGGAUCGACAUUCAGUUGGUGACAAAUUGCGCCAACGUCUUCAAACCACAUCAACUGGCAUUGGUGUUUUAAGACGGAAAACACUGCUCGAUAAUAUUCAUUCUGGUGCAAUCAUAUUUGGAACUAUUAUUAGCGUAUUUAUGAUAACUUAUAAAAUCCUACGAAUAAUUGCUAAUAAUUAUUCGCCUAUUAUAAAAGUUCCAUUAAAUUUCAAUCUACCGUAUUAUUUUCAUUGGCUUUUUGUUGGUAUUUUUGUUUAUGCUGUACUUUCUUAUCCCGCUAUUUAUGUUGAAGUGUACAGUUUAAUUAGCAUUGUUUGUGCGGAAUAUCGAGCGCUAAAUGAUGAUUUUGCAAAUGAUUGCAAUACUUAUCAAUUACCUGUAAUUAGGCAUUACGUUACCGCUCAUUGGACAAUGUCACGAUCACAGGCACUGUUUGGUCGAUCACUUAGCUUUUGGAUGAGCUUUCAUUUGUCAACUUCAACGCUCUCUUGCAUAUAUCUUCUACGAUCAAUGCCCAAUCUCAUCGAUCAAUUGUUAGCAUUGGAACCGAUUGUUGUUGCAAUAAUGAUUUGUACUCUAUUACUUACUGUAAUUGUUGUAUCACAGAUUAUCUCUUCACUGGUGAUAUGCUUAUUACUUUACCAUGAUAUGACACACUUUCGUUAUCUGCUCAUCGUUCUUAUUGCUGGUACUCGCGCUCUUCAGGAACAGACAUAUUCCGUGGCAAUAGCAUAUAUUAAUCAUUUAUAUCGAAAUCAUGUAGGCAUAUCAUUCUUCGAGAUUACAAUCAUUGAUAGAAAAUUUAUCGAGAAGACUGUAACUGUUGUGCUUCUUAUCGCUGCUAUAUAUUAUUUCAACGAUUAUGAUAAAUGUCUGACUGACGGUUGUUGUAAGAUAGUAUCUGGAUUACAAGAUGCAAAUUGA